GGACCGGAGUUCAGUGCGCCUGCGCAGUAUUGGGAGCCCGGGAGGGAGCGUCCUUCCGGGAGAGGGGGUGGCUGUGUUCGUGAGAGGCUGCUGCUGCGGCUCUUUCCCUGCAGUCCUGCCGAGGAAGCGUGCGUCCCUGGCGCUUCCUGCUUCUCUUCCGGCGGAGAGCUUGAGAUGUGGUAAUGCCAGCCAGACUUCUCAGAGCUGUGGCUGGAUCUCACCGUAUAUUAUCAAAAGCACAUCAGUGCCGAAGAAUUGGUCAUCUAACGUUAAAGUCAGUUAAGGAAUUUGAAAAUACAACAUGCAGCACACUGACAAUACGUCAAAACUUGGAUUUGUUCCUUCCUGAUAAAACAGCUGGUGGUUUGAAUAAGUCUCACAUCCUGGAAAUGAACCAGAAAAAAUCAACUACAAGCAUGCUGUCUCCAUUAAAUGCUGCUCAUUCCCAAGAUGAAAAGGCACGCCUUCCGACCGUGAAUUGCUUUGGUACUCACAGGAGAGUGACCCACAGACCAAAUCUAUUGGGUUCUAAAUGGUUUAGAAAAAUACUAAAGAGGCAUUUCUCAUCUUUGUCAACGGAAACAUUUGUUCCAAAACAAGGCUUUCCACAGAUCAAGAGACCACUAAAAGCAUCCAGGACCAGGCAGCCAUCCAGGACCAACCUUCCAGUUCUGUCUGUGAACGAGGACCUAAUGCACUGCACAGCCUUUGCAACGGCAGAUGAGUAUCAUCUGGGAAAUCUGUCUCAAGAUCUGGCCUCCCACGGAUAUGUUGAAGUAACAAGCUUGCCUCGAGAUGCAGCAAAUAUUUUGGUGAUAGGUGUAGAAAAUUCUGCAAAAGAAGGUGAUCCUGGAACAAUAUUCUUCUUCAGGGAAGGAGCUGCUGUGUUUUGGAAUGUGAAAGACAAAACUAUGAAGCAUGUGAUGAAAGUUCUAGAAAAACAUGAAAUUCAGCCCUAUGAAAUCGCACUGGUACACUGGGAAAAUGAAGAACUUAACUACAUAAAAAUAGAGGGACAGUCAAAACUUCACAGGGGGGAAAUCAAGUUAAAUUCAGAGCUAGAUUUAGAUGAUGCCAUUCUAGAGAAGUUUGCUUUCUCCAAUGCUCUCUGCCUUUCUGUAAAACUGGCAAUUUGGGAAGCAUCACUGGACAAAUUUAUUGAAUCUAUUCAGUCAAUUCCUGAGGCUUUAAAAGCUGGGAAGAAACUGAAACUAUCUCAUGAAGAAGUUAUGCAGAAGAUGGGUGAACUCUUUGCCCUAAGGCACCGUAUAAACUUGAGUUCAGACUUCUUGAUUACUCCUGAUUUCUACUGGGACAGAGAAAACCUGGAAGAGCUUUACGAUAAAACAUGUCAAUUCCUUAGCAUUGGCCGAAGGGUUAAGGUCAUGAACGAAAAACUUCAACACUGCAUGGAACUAACAGAUCUAAUGCGGAAUCACCUGAAUGAGAAGAGGGCACUCCGCUUGGAGUGGAUGAUUGUCAUCCUCAUUACCAUAGAGGUAAUGUUUGAGCUGGGACGAGUACUUUUCUGAUCAAGUGAAACCAAAGUGUCACUGCAAGAGAUGAAUUCAAGUUCUACAAUCAAAAAAUAAAUGUUUGGCCAGGUGCAGUAGCUCAUGCCUGUAAUCCCAGCACUUUGGGAGGACGAGGCAGUUGGAUCAUUUUAAGUCAGUUCAAGACAAGCCUGGCCAACAUGGUGAAACCCCAUCUCUACUAAAAAAUACAAAAAAAAUUAGGCACACCUGUGACCUUAACUACUCAGGAGGCUGAGGCAGAAAAAUCUCUUGAACCCGGGAGGAAGAGGUUGGAGUGAGUUGAGAUCAUGCCACUGCACUCCAGCCUGGGCGACAGAGUGAGACUCAGUCUCAAAAGUAAAAAAUAAAAUAAAUAAAUGUUCACUACUAGUUCAUCGCUUAUUUAAUAAGUAUUUUUUUAAUCAAGAAAUUGUUUCAGCCCCCAAUAUAUUGUGUGAAUAAAGUAAAGUAUAAAGAAUCCCGUGUUUGCUUCUUCAUCACUGACAAUUCAAAAAGGAAAAUAUUACAGUUAAGAACUUUGGAAAACCUUAGCAUCUAGAAAUCUUGGUUAAUCUUGGCAGAUACCUCUUAAAACCAAAGGGCUUAGGUUUUAGACCACAACUUAACCUAUCCCCAGGGAAUGCUAUCAUGGCCCUGGCUAAGAGAACCACACAGGAACGCAAGUGUUGACGUCAAUAUAUACAGUAACAAGACAGGCUUCUGAUGGCAGAAAUGAAUCUUAAAGACCUAUUUUAGAUGGAUGAUUUGAGUAUGGCUGUUCACUGGCACCUUUUCUUCUGUUAAUCAAUACUUUGUCCCUUCACCAAGUCAGUCACAAUAUUCUUCCCACAGACGUUUGUUUCACACAUAUUUUGGGGAAAUUUAAAAAAACAAGCACAAAGAUUCUAAACAUCUAAGUAUUUACCUCCUUGUGUUGACACUUUUCUUAAAAUCAACUCUUUAUCUACAUUGCCUUAUUUUUAUGCAUAACCCCUCAUGCCCCACUAUAGUCCUCGCCCAACUUUUCACGCAUAUCCUUUCGUUUUGCAACUCACUUAACUGCUACACAGUGUUACACC